UUAUAAUUGUAAUGAAAAUUUUUGAAAAAGUAAUUACUGAAAUUUGCAUCGGUAGGCGAAACUCAGCCAAUGCGUAACCGUUAAUUGAUGAUUGGUUGAUGGAUAGAGGAGAUGGAUGAUGUAGGAGAUUUCUGAAUCAUAUAAUUACAGCGAUGGAGGAAUUUUCAUUCAGACAUGCCAGCGUUGUAAAUAAGGGGUGUUCCUUGAAAGUGCAGGACCGUCGUCACAAUCAUCCACCUAACCUUCCAAUUUCCAACCUUCGAAAGCCCUAAAUAGCCUCCCCCGUUCCUGCAUUUUUAUUGCUUCACUCAUUGCUUUCCAUCCCUCCUUGUUAUCUCACUGUUGAUGGGUUUUCCAAGGGAUUAUUCUUAGCGACGCCAUGUCUAAACGGGUUCUGUGCAAAUUCUUUGCUCACGGGGCAUGUUUAAAAGGGGAGCAUUGUGAGUUCUCGCAUGAUUGGAAGGCCCCACCAAAUAAUAUAUGUACCUUCUAUCUGAAGGGAGUUUGUGCUUAUGGUAGUCGAUGCAGAUACGAACAUGUCAAAGUUUCUAGACAGUCCUCAGCUCCUUCAUCAGAAGAUAUUUCAUUCCCUGUUGAGCGUCUUUCUGGAACUGCAACACACAGUACAGGUAUUUUAGCAGAUGCUGCUGCUAAACAUUCAGCUUCUAGUGAACCUCCUGCCAGACCUGCAUGGGAGACAAUGUCUGGGCAUGACAAUAUACUAGAUCAGGGUUAUGGUGUUGGGUAUUUUAGUAAUGUUGAUUCUGCUGAUCAGUCAAUUUGUUCUUUUGCCGCUGCUGGUGAUUGUCCACAUGGGGAGAAAUGCCCCCACAUUCAUGGGGACCUGUGUCCAAUCUGUGGGAAACACUGUUUGCAUCCCUUCAGGCCUCAAGAAAGAGAAGAACACAUGAAAACAUGCGAGAAAAGGCAAAAGCAUCUAGAGGUGCUAAGACACAGUCAAGAAAUAGAGUGUAGUGUGUGCCUUGAGCGUAUAUUAUCAAAGCCUACAACAGCGGAAAGGAAAUUCGGAAUUCUGUCAGAGUGCGACCAUCCAUUCUGCGUAACAUGUAUCAGGAAUUGGCGUAGCAGUUCUCCAUCAUCUGGCUUGGAUGUUAAUUCUGCACUGAGAGGUUGCCCGAUUUGUCGAAAACUUUCAUACUUUGUGAUCCCUAGUGUCAUUUGGUAUUCCUCUAAAGAGGAAAAGCAGGAUAUUAUUGAUAGUUACAAGGCAAAGCUACGAUCUAUUGAUUGCAAGCACUUCGACUUCGGGAAUGGUACAUGUCCAUUUGGGACUAGUUGUUUUUAUAAGCAUGCAUAUCGUGAUGGCCGUCCUGAGGAAGUGGUUCUUCGCCAUCUUGGGGCUGAAGAUGGAAAUACCGUGAUUGCUAAAAAUAUGAGGCUCUCCGACUUUCUUAGAAAUUUGCAGAUAAGAUGAUCGUGGCAUUAAAUAUUUCAAGGAAAUUUUCAGGACAUUUGGUAGGGUACUGGAAUAUGUCAUGACCUAAAAUUUCAACAAAUUAUGGAACCACAGUGCUUUUAUCUAAGAUAUAGUAAUUUCCAUUGGGUUCCAGGAUUCAACGCCAGCCCUUCCCGUUAUGUCAAUAAUUCAGAAUAUAAUUGAUACCCUGAGGUUGUCUGUGGAAGUGUAUGUAACAAUAAUACGGCGUCAUCAACAGUUGGUGGAGGCUUAACUUUAUCGAUAUUGUAUGUGAGAAGAAAACAGCCUCCAUCUGAACUUGGAUAAAACUUAAAUCCAAUCUUUUGCCGGUGAAAGGCUUGGGAUUGAUAUAUAUAUUGGUAAUCUGUGUUUGGAAUGUGUUAAAAACUUUGCCUUGUUGUCAUCAUCAUCAUCAUCAGCUCAUCAGCAGUAUAAGGUCCCCAGGAAAUAUAUAUAUAUAUAUAUAGUGAAACCUGGAAGGCGCAGUGGAAUAACAAAGAGAUUUCUACUUUGGUGACACAGGAGACAUGGGAAACUAGGUUUACUAGCAAGCUUCCCAUACAUUUUUCACUUUUCUCUAUUCAUUCAAGUGUAUAUCUCUCCCCGUAUCACUACUUAUUGUAAACUUGGAUCUUUUUUAUUUACUACUAUAUAUAUAUAUACAUAUGCAAGUAAAGUAACAUACUUAUCUCUUUCAUAUGGUACUGGAUCAUGACACUUUUAUCCAUUGAUAUUUUUUUGCUGACUUAGAGCGUGUAGAGAUAAAUUUAUUGGAAAAAUUCUGUAAGAUGUUAGAUUUUAGGGUAAGUUACUCGACACUCUUUGAGAUUAGGCUAAAUUACACAAACAUUCCCCUUAUUUUAUAAAAUUACGGCCACACUUUCUGAGGGCUGUUAGUGGCUUUUCAUAGGGUGUUUGUGUAAGUUUUGUAUUUGAAUAAGGAGUGUAGCUGUAAUUACAACUAUAACCUCCGAGAAUGUGGCGGUAAUUUUACAAAAAGUUGAGGGUAAUUUGUAGGGGUGUUCAUGUAAUUUACACUACAUCUUAUUUGAAAAAGUAGGUACUAAAAUAUUCAGAUAAAAUUUAUUUGAAAAAAGUAGGUACUAAAAUAUUUAGAUAGAAUGGGAUGAUGAAGAUGAUGUUUAGGCAUACAAGUGGUAAAGAUGAUGUUUGUGCUUCAAAGUCUGAUUUUCUUGGCAUCAAUACAUUUCUCAGAAUUUCCUAAGAAUUUGUACAAAAUAAUAAAAAGUGAUCAAAAUCAAUCUGAAUCAUUUGAUUCUGGAAAAAUGCAGCCGGAGAAAAACAAAACUCAAAACAUUAAUAAAGAAAGCGCAUAUAUAUAUAUAUAUAUAUAUAUAUAUAUCACCACAACAAUUAAACAACAACAUACAUAUUCCCCAAAUAAAUCAACAAUAAUCAAUAUAUAUAUAUAUCAAGAACAAAAAAUAGAAAGAAUUCCUCCCCAACAUACAAAUCGAAACAUCCAGAUUCAGUUCUUCAUGAGAGCCAAGAGCGAGAGCAGCACGGAAGAAGCCACCACCGCCGCGGAAACCGGCACAGAGUAUCCAGCACCGGCGUCAGGCGAGG